AAUUAACUCUCCCAUUUUCUCCUUUCCCGGCAAAUCUCUCUCUCUCUCUCUCUCUGAACAGCAAAAAUGGGUAAAGAAGCGGCGUUGCUCUCAGCAUUUCACCCGAAGAAGAAACCCAUGAAGAAACAUAGCAGUAAUAAGAAGAAGAAUCAACUCUUCAGCAAAGUUUUGGAUUAUCUCAAGUCUGACUCUUUUAUGUUUGCACCUCUGUUUUCUUCUCAACUCUCUCAUUUCCCUUCAGCAGAGUCGUCGUCUUUUGCUCCUACCGGAAUUGAGGAAAGUAAACCUAAGGAGGGAAAUGAUAAGAAAUUGGUUAGCGAAAUUGGGGAUUAUUUGAAGUCUGAUACCUACUUGUAUUCUCCCUUGGUUAUUUCACAACCUUGGGAUUCGGAUGAUAUUCCUGCUGAAACGGUUCAGGUAUCUAAAGGUACAAUCUUUCACCUGAAAGUAUUCUGUUAACCACACAUUCUUAAGCUGAUAAUGAGAUGAAAUUUUCAUCCUGUGUUAGUGUCAGUAUAUUACUUAGUACUACUUUUUGAGGUUCAAGUAGUUAUCGCGAGUUGAUUUCAAACGUUUCUGGUUGUUAGUAAGUAUUAGAAUAGAUUGAUAACACGAGAAACUUGACCACCCAAAGGGAUGUGUUAUCAUUCCAUGGAUGGAGAACAACAACUACAUUGGUUGAGUUGUCCUUUGUCCGCGUUAGGGACCUGCAUAAUUGUCCCUGAAAACACUAAUUUUAUAUACACCAAUCACUUGAAACUACCAAAUUCUGACCUAUUCAAUUGCCUUAACUUGAUGUUUUCAUAAGGUUUAACAAAGGGAA